AUGCGCGCUCUGAUUGCUUUGUGUUUUGUGGCAGCAGUUAGUGCCGGUCGCUUAGGCUAUAACUACAGACCCAGCAGCCCGGCAGUCGCUACCAAUGGCAUUGGCAGCUCUAGCAGUGGCAUCGGAUCAAGUUUGGGCGGCCCAGUUAGUUACAAAGCUGCGCCACAAGCCGGCAUCCAUAAGGAAUUCUACUCUUUUCAUGCAAACGAGGCCGACUUUGAGGAUCCCGAUGCCGCAAACAAAAUUGCUGCUGCCGUCAAGAAAAGCAUCCGAGUGAUCUUUAUCAAGGCGCCGGAGAACCGUGGCUAUGAGAAUGCCGUUCUGGCCCUGGCCAAGAAGGCUGCUGAACAGCAAACAGCAAUCUAUCUGCUCCACAGACAACCGGACCUCAACGAAUUAGCAAACAAAUUCAACGCCGUGCGUCAAAAUGCAAACAAUAAGCCCGAGGUGCACUUCGUGAAGUACCGCACUCCUGAGGAUGCUGCCAAUGCCCAGAAGGCUAUCCAGAGCCAAUAUGAUUCGCUGGGUGGCUCUAGCCAGUCCAUUAACGGUGGUGUUGCCAAUGCCUUGAACUUCGCCUCCCGCUCCUCAGCGCCUGUGAGCUCUGGACAUGUUCAGCAACCCGAUAGCAAUUAUCUGCCUUCAUCAAUCCUGCGACGACUUCGUCACUAG